AAGGAUUUUACAGGUGGCAGAUUUUCCACCGUGUUUGGGCCAUGUGCAAAAGCAGGAGGGCUGGCCUAAUGGUAAGUAGAGUGCUACUAAAGAAAGAUAUAAACACCAGUUUGCCUAUAUGUUGGGCGAAGGUCUGAGAAGAGCACUCCAUAUCGAAUCCGGCACAUCUUGGAAGCCAUCAUUACUGUGAAGAUGUUUAAACACAUCCUCAUUGUGCUUUCACACCUUGCACUGCUUGGUUACUCAGCAGACUGGUGUUAUGAGCACGAAGAAUGCGCACCUCCACACUGGUAUUUGCAUUACCCAUCAUGCGGGCUCUCAUCCCAGUCUCCUAUCAAUAUCAUUACCUACAACUCUGUAGCUGACUCCUCCCUGGGUCCCAUUAUAGUAGAGGGCAGCGAUGCAACUUCUGAAGGAGAAUUGGGCAACAAUGGACACUCGGUUGAAGUAACGCUGAAGGCAAGAUAUACACUGAGUGGAGCUGGACUGACUGAUGCAUACACUCUUGCUGGCUUUCAUGCCCAUUUUGGGAACUCGGAUCCUGCUUUAGGAGGUUCUGAGCAUCAGAUCAAUGGCAAAGCCUUCCCCUUGGAGAUUCACUUUGUGUUUUAUAACUCAAAAUACAUUGACCUGACAGAAGCCAAGAAACAAUCCGAUGGCUUGGCUGUGAUUGGGGUACUUUUUCAAAUUGGGUCUUUUAAUUACGCUUUGGAUCAUUUGCUUGGCCAACUGUCUCAAGUGGCUUAUCCAGGUCAGAAAACCUCAGUUCGUGCAGAUCUAAGGAAAUUUCUGCCUGCUAGAAUCGGAUACUAUUUCAAAUACAAUGGCUCACUCACUACACCAACGUGCUCUGAGAAUGUCACCUGGCUGGUAGCGGGCAAUGUUCAGACAAUCAGUCUAUCACAGUAUACCCAAAUCGUCAGCAGCCUCUACUUCUCCCAGCCAGGAGCAGCAGAACCACUUCCUAUGUUAGACAACUUCAGGCCAACUCAGCCCCUCAACGGAAGGACAGUAUCUGUGUACAGGAAAUAAAUGGGAUUCUCCCUUUGUUUCCAGAGUUGCUUUUUUGCUUCUGGGUACAGAUGUCAAUGGAAAAUCCCCCCCCCCUCCCCCAUGUCCUGUAAUCAUAUUCUGGAACGUGUCUUAUAUAUAGAACUCCAUGUUAUUCUUGGCAGAGAAAAUCCAGAUUUAAAGCAGAAUUCAGCUUCAGAUUUCAGGAGAAUAAAAUUAUGCUGUGGCUGGCAGAAAAAUAGCAUUGGGCUAUGAGUGCUCCUCACAAAACAGAAAUCAGGCAUCCCCAUAAGUUUUACUACAAUUUCCCAGGAAUGCACCAAAUUUUGGAUUCUUUCUGAAGUCUAAAAUAGAAUUUAUUGUGUCCCACAGCAAAUUAAUUUUGGGCUUCCCUAAACUUAGAGAAUAAGACAAAAACAUGGGUUGAAACUGCUAAUCAAUCCCACUGGGCCCACUAUACCUCCUCUGCCCAUAGUAGCUGCAGGGUGCUUUCUCUAUAGUUAUGAACCUACAUUAUUGGAUUUAGCUGAAUCCCAGCUCAUUUUACAGUUUUGCCCAAUACUUUUUCAGCCCAACAGUAUCCAAGUCCUAAAUUUCAAGUGACUGCUAUUGGUAUCCACUUGCUAAUUAAGGUUCUUUUGUGCAAGACUGUGGCUGAAUCCAAAACUAUUGAUUUGGUGCACCCAUGACAUUUCUAUGCAUCAAUGCUUCAAACUUCUGGGAGUCUAAACAAUUAUAUUUUUCAGCCAGUUUGCACAGACUUUUUCACAUUAAAUUGUAAACCCAAUUAUUUGAACUAUACUUUAGGCCCACUUCUGAAAAUGUUCUGGAGAGGAACUGCAGCCUAUAAACUCUAAUUGUUCUUUUGCCAGGUUAAUCAGAAAGCUCCUUCUAGUUAAUGCCAUUCUUGCUGCCAGCCAUGUCUUCUGCUUUAAUGCAUAAAUACUGUCACAUCUAACAUGCAAUUGAUCUGCCCAGAAAUAAAGUAUUUUCCCAAAUUCAA